GUUGUGCGUUGGAGCCCCGGGCGUCCCGCGCGCGUGUCGCAGCCGGAGCUCGGUCAUCGCCCCCCACCCGGGUCUCCCGCCAGCAUGUGAGGUGGCUGGUCCCUCCUCGGACUUCGUGGAGGCGGCAACUUUCGGACCAGCGUCUGCGGCGGGCUGGGGCAGCGAACUCGCCCUGCAGCCUCUGUGCCCAGCGGCCACCAUGGGCGACGAGAGCCGCGGAGGGGACGGGCGCGCCGAGAGCGCCAAGGAUGCUGAUAAGCAGCUUCGCCUGCGCGUCUGCGUGCUCAGCGAGCUGCAGAAGACCGAGCGCGACUACGUGGGCACCCUGGAGUUCCUGGUGUCGGCAUUCUUACAUCGCAUGAACCAGUGUGCAGCAGCAAAAAUUGACAAAAAUGUAACGGAGGAAACAGUGAAGAUGUUGUUCUCUAAUAUUGAAGAUAUCCUUGCAGUACAUAAAGAAUUCUUGAAAGUUGUAGAAGAAUGCUUACAUCCUGAACCGAAUGCUCAGCAAGAAGUGGGAACCUGCUUUCUUCAUUUUAAAGACAAGUUUCGUAUCUACGAUGAAUAUUGUAGUAAUCAUGAAAAGGCACAAAAAUUGCUUCUUGAACUUAACAAAAUUAGAACAAUCCGGACAUUUCUUUUGUUUGAAUUUAUAACCCCACUGCUGUAUGUCUUCCACUGUGUCCGGAUGAGAGUGCAUCUCUUAAAGAACUGCAUGCUGCUUGGAGGACAGAAGAACGCAGAUGUUCCCCUGGAAGGAUAUCUAGUCACACCCAUACAGAGAAUAUGCAAGUACCCUCUCCUUUUGAAGGAGUUGCUGAAGCGGACCCCAAGGAAGCACAGUGACUACUCGGCAGUGAUGGAAGCCCUCCAAGCCAUGAAAGCUGUCUGUUCCAACAUAAAUGAGGCCAAGAGACAGAUGGAGAAGCUGGAAGUGUUAGAGGAGUGGCAGUCACACAUUGAAGGCUGGGAGGGAUCCAACAUUACUGAUACCUGCACUGAGAUGCUGAUGUGUGGAGUGUUACUGAAAAUUUCUUCUGGAAAUAUUCAGGAACGGGUGUUUUUUCUUUUCGAUAAUCUUUUGGUGUACUGCAAAAGGAAACACAGACGGUUAAAGAACAGCAAGGCGUCUACAGAUGGACAUCGGUACGUUUUUCGAGGCCGGAUCAACACCGAGGUGAUGGAAGUGGAGAAUGUGGAUGACGGCACUGCUGAUUUUCAUAGCAGUGGGCACAUUGUUGUGAAUGGGUGGAAGAUACAUAACACAGCAAAAAACAAAUGGUUUGUAUGCAUGGCAAAAACACCUGAAGAAAAGCAUGAAUGGUUUGAGGCUAUCUUGAAAGAAAGAGAACGUCGGAAAGGCUUAAAAUUAGGAAUGGAGCAAGACACCUGGGUAAUGAUCUCUGAGCAGGGUGAGAAAUUGUAUAAAAUGAUGUGCAAACAAGGAAAUCUCAUCAAAGACAGAAAAAGAAAGCUGACUACAUUCCCCAAGUGCUUCCUUGGAAGUGAAUUUGUGUCAUGGCUGUUGGAAAUUGGAGAGAUUCACAGGCCAGAAGAAGGUCUUCACUUGGGACAGGCAUUAUUAGAAAACGGGAUCAUACACCAUGUUACUGAUAAACAUCAAUUCAAGCCAGAGCAUAUGUUGUACAGAUUCCGCUAUGACGAUGGGACAUUUUACCCAAGAAAUGAGAUGCAGGAUGUGAUUUCGAAGGGAGUGAGGUUAUAUUGUCGUCUUCAUAGUCUGUUUACCCCAGUGAUAAGAGAUAAGGACUACCAUUUAAGGACCUACAAAUCAGUGGUCAUGGCCAACAAAUUGAUAGACUGGCUAAUUGCACAGGGUGAUUGCCGUACCAGAGAAGAGGCAAUGAUAUUUGCAGUUGGACUCUGCGACAAUGGAUUUAUGCACCACGUUCUUGAAAAAAGUGAAUUCAAAGAUGAGCCCCUACUUUUCCGUUUUUUUGCGGAUGAGGAAAUGGAAGGAUCAGACACAAAACACCGGCUUAUGAAACAUGAUUUAAAAGUUGUAGAAAAUGUCAUAGCUAAAUCACUAUUGAUUAAAUUUAAUGAAGGCAGCUAUGGCUUCGGGCUAGAAGACAGAAAUAAAGUUCCAAUAAUAAAGUUAGUAGAAAAAGGGUCUAAUGCUGAGAUGGCUGGCAUGGAAGUUGGGAAGAAGAUUUUUGCUAUUAAUGGUGACCUGGUUUUUAUGAGACCUUUCAAUGAAGUGGAUUGUUUCCUGAAAUCCUGCUUAAACAGCAGAAAGCCUCUGAGAGUUCUCGUGAGCACAAAGCCAAGGGAGACAGUGAAAAUCCCAGAUUCAGCAGAUGGGCUUGGUUUCCAGAUCCGAGGCUUCGGACCUUCUGUGGUGCAUGCAGUAGGAAGAGGCACCGUGGCUGCAGCAGCUGGCCUUCACCCUGGACAGUGUAUUAUCAAAGUUAAUGGAAUCAAUGUCAGCAAAGAGACGCAUGCCAGUGUCGUUGCACACGUCACGGCCUGCCGGAAAUACAGGCGGCCAAUGAAGCAAGAUUCCAUACAGUGGGUGUAUGACAGCAUUGAGAGCGCUCAGGAGGACUUGCAGAAGUCCCACGCUAAGCCUCCUGAAGAUGAAGCAGGGGAGACUUUUGACUGCAAAGUGGAAGAUUGCAUUCCAGAAGUCAUCGACAAGUUCAACACCAUGGCCAUCAUCGACGGCAAGAAGGAGCACGUGAGUCUGACAGUGGACAAUGUUCAUCUGGAGUACGGGGUUGUGUAUGAGUACGACAGCACAGCUGGCAUCAAGUGCAAUGUCGUGGAGAAGAUGAUUGAGCCCAAAGGCUUCUUCAGCCUGACUGCCAAGAUUCUUGAAGCCCUAGCAAAAAGUGAUGAUCAUUUUAUACAAAACUGCACCAGCCUGAAUUCUCUGAAUGAAGUGAUUCCUACUGACCUUCAGAAUAAAUUCAGUGCCACGUGUAGUGAAAGAAUUGAGCACAUACAUCACAGAAUAUGCAGUUAUAAAAAGUUCUCUCGUGUGCUGAAGAACAGAGCUUGGCCCACAUUCAAACAGGCCAAAUCUAAGAUCUCCCCAUUGCACAGCAGUGAUUUCUGCCCUACCAACUGCCAUGUCAAUGUGAUGGAAGUUUCUUAUCCCAAAACAUCAACUUCCCUAGGGAGUGCUUUUGGUGUGCAGCUGGAUAGUAGGAAACAUAGUUCUCAUGAUAAAGAAAAUAAAACUUCUGAGCAAGGGAAAUUGAGCCCUAUGGUAUAUAUUCAGCACACAAUCACGACCAUGGCAGCCCCUUCGGGACUGUCUCUGGGACAGCAAGAUGGCCACGGACUCCGGUAUUUAUUAAAAGAAGAAGACUUAGAAACGCAAGACAUCUAUCAGAAGCUGCUGGGCAAACUGCAGACUGCGCUGAAAGAGGUGGAGAUGUGUGUUUGUCAAAUAGAUGACCUUCUGUCUUCAAUAACAUAUUCUCCUAAACUGGAACGUAAGGCAGCCGAGAGCGUAAUACCCACAGACAAUGACGAGAAGGGAGAGAGAAACAGCAAACGUGUCUGUUUUAACAUAGCAGGAGAUGAACAAGAAGAUUCCGGUCAUGACACCAUCAGCAACAGAGACUCUUACAGCGACUGCAACAGCAACAGGAAUUCCAUCACCUCUUUCACCAGCAUCGGCAGCAGCCAGUGCAGUUACUACCUCCACAGUGACGAAAUGGACUCAGGUGAUGAACUUCCUGUGAGUGUUCGGAUUUCUCAUGAUAAACAGGACAAGAUACACACUUGCCUGGAGCAGCUCUUCAGCCAGAUGGAGUCAAUUACCAACCUCCUGAAAGGUCAAGCUGUUGUACGGGCUUUUGAGCAAACCAAGUAUCUCACACCAGGUCGAGGACUGCAAGAAUUUCAACAGGAAAUUGAGGCAAAGCUCAGUUGCCCAAAGAGGUUAAGACUUCACCUCAAGCAAGAUCCUUGGAAUCUUCCCAGCAGCGUCCGGGCUCUUGCUCAGAAUAUCAGAAAAUUUGUUGAAGAGGUAAAGUGUAGGAUACUGCUGGCUCUUCUUCAGUAUUCAGACAGUGAAACCCAGCUCCGGAGAGACAUGGUUUUCUGCCAGAGCCUGGUGGCCACUGUCUGUGCCUUCUCUGAGCAGCUCAUGGCAGCCUUAAACCAGAUGUUUGACAACAGCAAGGAAAGUGAAAUGGAGACUUGGGAAGCCAGCAGAAGAUGGCUGGACCAGAUUGCGAACGCAGGUGUUCUUUUCAACUUCCAGUCACUUCUGUCACCAAACUUGACAGAUGAACAAGCCAUGCUAGAAGACACACUUGUUGCCCUGUUUGAUUUGGAAAAGGUUUCCUUUCACUUCAGACCAUCAGAGGAGGAACCACUGGUUGCAAAUGUCCCUCUUACGUACCAAGCUGAAGGCAGCCGGCAGGCUCUGAAGGUUUUCUUUUACAUUGACAGUUACCAUUUUGAUCAACUGCCACAGCGACUGAAGAAUGGAGGGGGAUUUAAAAUUCACCCUGUUCUCUUUUCACAAGCAUUGGAGAGCAUGGAAGGAUAUUACUAUAGAGACAAUGUUUCAGUGGAAGAAUUUCAAGCCCAGGUAAAUGCAGCCUCCUUGGAAAAGGUCAAACAGUACAACCAGAAGCUCAGGGCAUUCUACUUGGACAAGUCAAAUUCACCACCAAGCUCCACUUCCAAAGCUGCCUACGUAGAUAAGCUCAUGAGGCCUCUCAACUCUUUAGAUGAACUUUACCGGCUGGUUGCUUCAUUCAUCAGAUCCAAACGCACAGCUGCCUGUGUGAACACAGCAUGCAGCGCCUCUGGAGUUGGGCUGCUGUCGGUUUCUUCGGAGCUGUGUGACAGGCUUGGUGCCUGUCACAUUAUCAUGUGUAGCAGUGGUGUGCACAGGUGCACCCUGAGUGUGACACUGGAGCAAGCCAUCAUUCUGGCCAGAAGCCAUGGCCUACCUCCUCGGUAUAUUAUGCAAGCCACAGAUGUGAUGAGGAAGCAGGGUGCAAGAGUUCAAAACACAGCAAAGAACUUGGGGGUCAGAGAUCGGACCCCUCCAUCAGCUCCAAGGCUGUACAAGCUGUGCGAACCACCUCCCCCAGCUGGAGAAGAGUGAGGGGACUCCCGAAGAGCCAGCCAGGCUUCCGGAAGCUGCCAGGCACUGCCCAAGACCAAACGUCUGCUGCUUCAGCCUUCUCCACUGAAGAUAAAGAAGUCCAUAUUUAAAUAGUUUAAACCCUUCCCCGUGCUUGUAAAUAACAAAUUUUUGGUCUCUACUUGGAUAUUUAUGCCAGAAAUAGAAAUUCAUUCAGACAAUUCAGCCUCACAAAUGAACCCUAUUAGGGCAAAACUCACUUUUACAAUUUAUAGGGGGGAAAAUGUCUAUUUUGCUUCUUUUCACCAUCAUUAAUUAUACUGAAUUUGUUUUUUAACAUCCUCAAAUGGACACAUGUAAUAAUGGAUAGAAUUUCUUGAAGAAGUCUGUCACUGAAGAAGGAUGGAAGCCAUCAUGCAGAAAUGUUAAGGACAGCAUAGACUGAGUGAUACCGAUGUCCCAUCUCCCACCUGCACCAGACAGAAGUGUCAGUGUGAAAGGCAGGAAGGCAUGCUGAGGGAUUCUUGGUAGAGAAGAAAGCUGUGAGGUUCUUGACAAGACCUCAUUUAAUGUUUUCAGAUAUGUCUGCCCAUGGACAGUUCCAGCAAGGAAGUGCUGUCCUUGGUCUCGACGAUAGGCAUUGGACUAGGCGGUUGUCACCGUGGCUUGUGUGCUGGCUGUUGUACCAUCAGUGGUCAUGAGUAGAGAAUGGCCAAGAUUGGGGAGAUGAGAGGGAGAGGGGUGAAUUAAAAGAAAAGCAAGCCUAUUUGAAAACUCAGCCUUGAACUGAGAUGAGUAAACUCCUAACUUUAUGAAGCUUUCCUAUGAGAUUUCAGACCCUUAAAAGAAUACACCACCCUGAGUAUUUUUCUUUCAAAGUAUAUGUAUAAGAUACAAAAAUAAAGCUCUAUUCAUUCUAGUUUAGAGGACUUUUAAGAAGGAACCUUAAUUUAUGGAGCCAAGGUAUAGACGAUCUUCAUUCUAAACUAUGCAUAAUGCUUAUUACUUUUAGGUUGAUUGAUAGAAUACUGUUUUCAGCACCAUGAAUGCAUUAACAUGUUUAAAGAACAUUAUUUUUAAAAUACUUAAAACAUAAUUAAUGUGAUUUUAGGAGUUAGGGUUGUGCACUGCUUAAUGACUGGGAAUAAAUUGUGCUAUUGGGUGUUACUGUAGUUGUGCAAGCAUCACAGGGUGCACUUACACAUUUCAGAUGACUGUGAUCUCAUUAGAUGGCAUGAUCUUAUGGAACCAUCUUCUACAGGUUGUCCACCAUUUACCCAAACAUCAUUAUGCAGCACAGGAUGCAAAUAGAUAUAGACUAAGAAUAUGGAAUCCUUGCCAUAACUAGAGUUUCAGAAAAACCAGUGCUCAGUUUUACUUUCUAAAUCUCACAAUGGCCUUCAGACUAUCAUUAAAAGCCUUCCUUAGUAGCAGUUGUGUGAGUUAUAAAACGUAUUACAAAUGCAAGGAAUGUCUAUAUUCUGCUAGUUAUGGUAAUAAUUGCUAUCUGCUACAGAGCGUUUGAGACUUUUGCAGUAAAUCCAUAUGUGCAAUGAUAUAUAAGGAAACCAACAACAUCAGUUUCCAGGGAAAUGUAAUGUUUUGGAUUCAUAAAGAUAGGAUCUACACUUACAUAUUUAUGUCACAUACAUCCUUAACUUUCUUAUUAACAGCAUCCAGUCCUGGGAGCUCUGGUAAUUUCUGAUUGUCCUGUGCUGAAAUUUUGAUAACUCAGUGAAGGACUAAAGUAGCACCAAUUCCCUGGGUGUGGAGGCAUCCUAUUGCCCUUACUGUUCUCCAUCACCACCCUGGCAGCAAUCCUCAUGAGCAGCUUGGCUUAGUUGUAUCUCAUAGGGCACAUUAUCUGCAAUUAUAGUAUUUAUAAAUUAAUAUAUUUUAAGGAUCUACUCUUUAUAUAACAGAAUGUGCUCAACGUUGUGUUUCAAGUUAAAAAUAAGCACACUACCUGUGUGCCCAGCACUUACUAACUGUUUAGAAUUUUGGUAGUGUUUAUAUAUUAACAUCAGUCACUGUAAGUUUUUAUUGUAAUAAAAUCAUAUCUAACAUGA